CGCACUUUCGGCCGUCCGUGGUCUGCACCUCCAUCAUCGACGACCUCUCCAACCCACGAAUUCCACAGCUAUCCCCCCGGACAAGAACGCUCGCCACGCACACAAUUGGCCUCGCGACCAUGGAGGAACACUACACCCCGAGAGACACCCUCGCUGCGACGUCGCGCACCACGCUCCAGACCACCGCCUUUGGCGCCCUCGUCGCCGGUGUGCAGAACGCCCUCAGAAAACAGAAUGUUGGUGCAUCCGGCAUCAUCACACGGUCGGGCGGCGUGAUCGCUGUUUACGCUGGUGUUGGAUUUGCAUACCAAUUCACACGCGACUCGGCGGCGAACCUCCGACAGAAGAACGACACAUACAACGAGGCUCUUGCGGGAUUUGCAAGUGGUGUGGUCAUUGGUCUCUCGCGACGAAGUAUUCCUUUCAUGCUCGGCGCUGGCGCAAGUGUCGCCACCGUCAUGGCAGCAUACGGCUACACAAGCGGUUUCGGCAUCGGUGCUGGGCCAGCCAACGCUGAUGAUGACGACGUUGACAGGAGGGAGGCAAUGAAGAAAUUGCGCCGAAGGCCGCUUGAGGAGACAAUUGCAGAAUUGGGCGAGGGCCGAGGUAUCUACGCUCCAGGAUACGAAGAGAGAAGGCGGGAGAGGCUCAUGGCCAAAUACGGUGUUGAUGUAGGCCCAUACCAGGGACAAAAAUCUUAGAUCCGCAGACAGUUUCUUUCAUGUCA